GCCUCUUAAAUUUAACAAGUAUCAUAAUAGCUAUAUAUAGUGAUUUAUUGAAUAUAUGUUUACCAACAUUUGAACUCAUAGUAGAUCAAUGAUGAAAACCAAGUCUUUUAUCUUUUUAUUCUUUCUUUGUGCACUAAUUUAUAUUUCUGUUGGGGCAAUUGAGUCAUCCAAAGAUGAGAAACAAACUAAUGCUUUUGAUAUAUCGAAAACAAAACUUGCGGUAAAUAAGGAUGCAGGCUCGGGAGGUGGACACGAUGGAGACAAAGGAAAAGGACAUGAAGACGGAGAGUGGGGAUUUUGGAUAAAUGACGGAGGUGGUUGGGGAGCUUGGUUGGAACAUGCGGGUUGGAAAGGUUGGAUAAAAAAUGAGGGAGUCUCAGUAGGAGGAGGGAGAGGAGGAGCAGGAGGAGGAGGAGGAGGAGGAGGAGGAGGAGGAGGAAGAAGAAGAAGAGGAGGAGGAGGAGGAGGAGGAGGAGGAGGAGGAGGAGGAGGAGGAAAAAGUGGGCUUGAAGGACAAAGCGGACAAGAAAAUGAACUAAGUUGGAGAGAAGGAGAAAAUAGUGGACUUGGUGGACAAGGCGGAGGAGAAAAUGAAGAAAAUUGGAGAAGAGGAGAAAACAGAAGAAUUAGAGGAGAAUAUCUAGAAAAUGAAGGACCUGUUUUGAGAAGAGGAACAAAUCAAGAAUAUGGAGGAAGCAAUGGUGGCAGCCGCGGACAAGUAGGGCUUUGGAACAUCCAUAAAAACUAAAUUUAUGAAUAUAUGUAUAAGAAAGACAUACACCCAAUCUCCAUGCCGGUUCUUUACUAAGAUGGUUAUUUUUCCCUAAAAUUUAAAUUUCUUUCAUCAAUGUCCUUAGAUUGUAUCAUGCUUAUUAUCAUGUUUAAAUAAAUGCUAAGUACCACUAUUUUCUUUCUAA